AGCCUCCUCUCUUGAGCCCUGUCGAAUCUUUGCCUAGUUGCUUUGCUUUACAGCAGUCUCUAGUGUAAGAAUCAACCCAUCUAAAAGUGGGUAGAAUCUUUGCUAUAGGAGAUGCGCACAGCAUUGACAGCCUAGCUACCGACUUUAACUGUAAGAUUGAAGUGCUCUCAACCAACAAGUUAGGGUGCCAUUAGGAGUAUGCUUCAAAUCAAAAUCGGCUUGGGAUUCAAUGGCCAUGGUUUGAAAACAAGUUGACCUCUUCAAAGAGCUCUACCUAUAAAAAGGAGGGAGGCUCACACUAAUCAAAAGCAUGCUCUCUUAUAAUCUCCCAACUUUAUAUCUCCAUUCUCAGUCCCUUGUUUGGUUGCAGAUUGUUUAGAAAGAAACCAAAGUGACUUCCUAUGGAAGGGCUGCGGGCAACUGAAAAGUACUUUUUAGAAGAGUAUUUAUAUAAAAGUAAUUUAAAAUUACUUAUUAUAAGCACUUUUUUAAUUAAGUACUUCUUUCAAAAAAAAAAAUACCUUUUGAAAAAAAAAUAUUUCUUUGUUUUUUUGAAAAAAAAAAAACUGCUCAAAAAAGUGCUUUUCAAAAUAAGUACUUAAUUUAAGUAUUUUUUGUAAUAAAUAUUUAUUUUUUAAGACAUUAUAAAUGGGGAUUAUAUUAAAAUUAUGAAAAAUUCAAUCAAGCAUGACAACCUUGAAGAACAUAAAUUUCAGGGGAACCUUUUUAACGGUGAGAUAUUUUGGGCCAGUUGGAAAAAAUUGGAUUAUGCUCUCAAAAAACAAAAAUAAUCAUGGAACUGAUUACAACUUUUAUAUAUAUAUAUAUAUAUAUAUAUAUAUAUAUAUAUAUAUAUAAUAUCCUUAUAUUUUAAAAACAAGAUGAAACAUUUCUAAAAAAGUAAAUUUAACCAAAAUUAAAUAAAAUUUUGUUUAGAAAGUGUAUUUUAAAUAAGUUAAAAAUAUAAAGGAAUAGAUUGCAUUUGGUUAAAAAGGACAAACAAUAUAUACGCAUAUCAUAUACAGAAGUACGAUUAAUGUAAUCAUUUUACAGAUAAAAAAUAUUAUUGAAAAAGAAGAAAGCAUUUUUCAAAAAUAAGUUAAAUAAAAUUAUAAUCAUAAAGUUUAUUUUAAAUAGUUUAAGGCUAGAAUCUAGAAAUGUUUAUUUGAUUAAAAAAUAAAUAAAAUAUAAUGGUAUUAUAAAUUAUCGAUAAAAGGUAUAUGUCAACCUAAAAUAGGUAAAUAGAUGACGCAAUUCAACUUGCUGCUAUAUAAGGUUUUAGUCUAAAUAAAUAAAAUUUCGAAGGCUAUUUCAAAAUUAAUUUCAAAAAAAAAAAAAUAGAGAAUGAAAUCCAAUCUAGUGAAAGUUUGAGUUUUUUGUUUUGAUUUGAGCUCUAAUGCUAUGCCUAAAUUGAUAUUAUAAUAAUUUAUAAUUUAUUCAAUUUAAAAACAAUCUUACAAAAUUUAGAAGUACGUUGGGCAUGAUUUUCAACCCCCACUUAUCAUAGGUCCGCCAUUGGACACAUGUGACAUACUAGUAUCACAUUGUAUGAACGAGGAUCCUCACCACAAGGAAGUCUUAUAUGGUUGUGGUCUUGAGCUUAGUCCCUAGAGAUAUUGGCACUACUGAUGCCUCUUGGCACUUUGCAAUCCCCUAGAAAACCCAUCAAGGUUGUCCUUAUCGGUUUCAACCAAUUAGGAGUUAUUUCUAUUUGUUGAAAACCUAUUCCAGAAGAGUCUUUUUGUUGAGGUCUCAUUUUCAAUUAGGAAUUUUUUGACACCAUAGUUGAAAAUGAAGACUGUGAUUCCCAAGAUUUCAUCAUGUGGCUCCUUCUGAUUCCAAGGCUUGUUCAAGAAAGAAAUUAUCGAUCCAAGCAUUGGCUUUAUCUUGACCUUUUCUACACUUGCCAGAUUGAGUAGGUGUUGAAGGGGCUAGUUUUUUUCAUGUUAAGGUUGACUCUCAUCCUAUAGGUCCUCUAGAGAUCACAUGGAUGACUAUGAGAAUAUGGCUUUCCUCACUUGUAUUGUCUUAACUUGGCUUAUUGGUUUAUACAAACUGGGCCAAGAAGUCAUCUUGAACAAACGCCUUGAACAUCCUAGAGGUGUUAGCAGCCAUGAGAAUCGGUAGUAUCAAUCAAAGGUAUCUUCUUUGACCCUAGGUUUGGCUAAACCUUGUUGUCGGAUCCUGAGGUCAUUUUGAAUAUGCAUGAGGAUAUAAACUUGGGAGGUGUUGAAAAAGAACUAUUUGGCAUCUUUCUUCUUCUGUUUUUAGGCUACUUCUUGGUUGCCCAAUUCUCUCUCUCUCUCUCUCUCAUGAUUUAUUCUUUUCCGGAUUGCUUCAUUUCCUCAACGUUACAAUAGCCUUCAUCCUUCUUUAGCAACUCAAGUUGAGUUUUAAGUAACCUUUUUUAACAAUGUGAAACUAAACUAGGAAAAGGUCAAGUCAUACAUCAGCAUGGCAAUCAUGAGACCUUAUUCAAGGUUUAAGACUCUGAACGCUUCAAAGUUAAGCGCUUAAGAUAAUCCCUUAAGGAUUCUCUAUGCUUUUGUUGGAUUUCCAUGAAGCUCAAUGAGGUAUUCGUCAUGCAUUUACUACUUAUAAAGUGACCCAUGAACUAGGGAUUAGAGUCGUUGAAGGUGUGAAUAUACCCUGAUUUUAGGCCCAAGUACCUUGUCCUUGUGGAUUUCUCUCGGCUAGUGGUGAAAACUUGUACAUAUUGGCAUUAAAGGCCUCAUGGAAGACUACGAUGGCUUGAAAGAUCUACAUAUGAUCCACAAAAUCCAUGUUGUCAUUGUAAGAUUCUAUGAUUAGCUUCCAGAAUCGCAUAAGCAAUGAUUCCUCCUUUAUCACCUUUGUGAAGGGGUUUUUUCCGGUCCUUUUCUUUGAUUCCUUAUGGUUGUAUUGUACUUCAUAUCUAUCAAGGCUCUCUAGUUGCACUCACCCACCUCUAUUCUUCUUGGUGCUGGAUCAUGCUACUCAAUGAAAUUUCAAUUCAAUAGAUUACCAAGUACAACCAAGCCCCUCUAGGCUUUGGGGGCUUUAUCUCCUCAUCAAGGUAGAUAUUCUAGAAUUAUAAGCUAUUUUUACCCUAAGUCAAAGGGUUAUGCUCAAAUAGUAGCUUGAAAUUAUUAUUUCAAUACCUUCAUCUAACCUUGCAUGGUUUGAAUUUGUUGUUAAGAAAGGAGUACAUUUCUUAAAAGAGCCUCAGGCAUUGGUUCUCCUUGUUAAGAAGGGUUGUAAGGCAAACAAAAAAACAAAAAACAUGUUCUCAACCAUCCUCAAGAGCCCAAUCGACAUUGGCUUUAAGUGUGUGUUGCGUGUGGGUAAACACACUAUAGAGUAUUGGAAUCUAUUUUUUUCUUUCCUCUAUAAAUCAAAUUCUUAAAUUAGGACAUAACAAUUACAAACUAGAUUGUUCACAUUAGGAGUGGGCAUGGUUCAAUUAACUAAACAGAAAAUUUGGUUUAUUGGAAAAUGUGAAUUAAAGUCAAACCUUUUAAAAUGGUUAACUGAAAUUAGAUUAAUCUUCGAUUUUUAGACUAAUAUUCAAUGGUUAAAUGAAUUGAACUAUUAAGUAUAAUUUAAAAUUUUAAAAUGACUACAAAUAAUUUUUUUUUUUCUUUCAUAAUAAUCAACAUGUAAAUUUAAAAUAUUCGUCAUUAAAAUUUAAGCUUUAAUCUUAGUGCAAUACAAAUUUUUUAAAAAAUUUAAAUUAUUAUAAUGUUAUAUAUAACAUAAAAAUAUAUUAAUAUAUUUGUUCAAUUCGGUUAAUUGUGGUUAUUGAAUGAGCCAAAUCAAAAUUAAACAGACAACCGAAAAAAUUAAAAUUUUCAAACUGAAACCAAAUAAAAAAAAAUGGUUAGCCAAUUAUUUGAUUUGGUUUAAUUUGACUUGCAGUUUGAUUCGAUUUUUUAUUUUUUCUUACCCGCCCUAACAUUGCACAAAUAAAUUUUGCUAAAAGCACCAUAAUGAAUAGAGAAAUUAAAAUUUCUAAAUAAGUACGAAAUUUAGUUAAUACCAAGGGAUUAUUGAUAUAAUCUAAUUAAACACAAUUCCUCUCAAAGCAAAAUGUGAUCUAAACUUUCAAACUCCAAACACAAAUUAAAAAUGCAUAAUUCUAAUAUUCAGAUUUUUCACAAGAGAAAUUAUAAUUUAGAAUGAGUUUAAAAGUAUAAACCCAACUCUUGGUGCAAUUUAUCAUUUAAUAUCCACCAUUCUUUGCGUUUAGUCCCAAGAAACCCUUUUCCCUCCCUCUCUGCUUCCCCAUACUUUUCACACCCCUUAUCCUUUCUCGCCUCUCCUCCCUCCAUCCCUCCCUCCCAUGGCUUCAGCGGCUGCGCCUCUCACCAAGCCCUUAUCAAUGGCGGGCUGCAGCUUGAGCUCUUUCCCAACCCCCUCGAGUACCAGAGCCUUGACUCCAUUUCUCUCAAUCCCGACCAGACCCGUUAGGCUUUUCCACCCUUCAUGCUCAUCUUCCUCUUCAUUUCCCGCGUGGGUCUCUCUCAAAAUGAAGACUUCACCUUCUACUGUAGUAGCAUUCGUAGCGCAGACGUCAGACUGGGCUCAACAGGACGAAGAGGAGGAGCGCCGAAUCGAAGAAGGAGAAGCAGCGGAAGAUGGGUUAAAUUGGGAAUCUAAACAGCUGGACGAGGAUAUCGAGGCCCGUGGUUCUUCUGGUGAAUGGGAAGGCGAGGGAGAAGAGGGUUCUGCAGGGGGGAUUAUGGAGCAGGGUGGAGAAGACUCGUAUCCUGAGCCGCCCGAAGAGGCUAAGCUUUUCGUUGGCAAUCUUUCUUACGACAUUGACAGUGAGAAGUUGGCUCAGCUGUUUGGUGAGGCUGGAAUUGUUGAGAUUGCUGAGGUGAUAUACAAUAGGGUAACAGAUCAGAGUCGUGGUUUUGGGUUCGUGACAAUGAGUACUGUUGCAGAAGCUGAGAAGGCUGUGGAUAUGCUCCACCAUUAUGAUUUAAACGGAAGGCUCUUGACUGUAAACAAGGCUGCUCCAAGAGGGUCUCAACCAGAACGCCCUCCCCAAGUUUUUGAACCUUCUUUCAGAGUAUACGUUGGCAACCUGCCAUGGCAAGUAGAUGAUGCUCGUCUGGAGCAGGUCUUUAGUGAACACGGGAAGGUGGUCAAUGCCAGGGUAGUUUAUGAUAGAGAAAGUGGGCGGUCACGUGGGUUUGGAUUUGUAACAUUUUCUAGUGAGACGGAGCUGAACGAUGCCAUUGCUGCUCUUGAUGGACAGAGUUUGGAUGGCAGGGCAAUCAGAGUGAAUGUUGCUGAGGGGCGACAAAGGCGUGGCCCAUUUUAAUUUAAGAUGCCGGUCCUUCAAGAAGCUUGCGUAAGAACUAUGGUAUGUUCCAAGGAGAGAAGAUUUUAGUUAUUCUUUUUCACCCUUUUGAUUUGUUUUUUAUAUUAUAUUUUUUAAAGGAUGGUUGGAGGAAAAUUUUAUUAGGAAUCAGGAGUUCUCAAUUAUGUUAUUCUCUCUUUAACUCUAAUUGUUGUAAUUUUUACGUUUUAUUGUGAUUACACUUGAUCAAUUCAAUGCUAUUAUCCGUUUUUGUCA